AUGAAAUAUCCUAUUCUUUUGUCUGUACUUUUAAUUUUUAAGGUACUUGAAAUUAAUGCAACCUCUGCUUCUGUCACAAUUCCUGGUUAUGCUUUUUGGUAUAAAUGCCUUACGACUAAUCAGAAUGCGACAUCAGAUAAUAUAUUCAGCUACGAUGUUACUUCGAAUAAGUAUAGUUCCAUAUAUAAAAGUGGAUUUGGUUAUAAAUUUUCUUUUUCUGAUAUUCCAAUCUUAACGGGCUUACUAUUACGUUAUUCUGUACCCUUGGUUGAUAUCCCUAAUUAUUAUUAUCCUGUCGAUUUGGGCGGUUUUUUUGUAUAUUUAUUCGAUAGUAAUUCUAGAGAUCCAACUGGUGCUGACGCUUUUUGCGGGUCUACGACUUCUUUUGUUAAAACAUGUACUCAUCAAAAAACUAACAUAAAUCCUAAUUGGUGCCUUUUGAUAGGAAAUUUCUAUGUAAACCAAUCUGUUAAUUUUGAUAUUUCAUAUCAAACAUAUGAUACAAUCAGUUCUUCCACUGGAAUAUCAAAUACUAUUGAAACCAAUAUUAUUAUAACAAGUGUUUGGGGUGGUCUUGUUUGGUUAUUAAUCAUGUUUUGUGUGUGA